UGCUGUUUACCUUUUGAGCUCCGCUAUUUUCAAUUUACACCUUUCAAUUUACCGGCAAUUUGUGUGGGUAUUAUAUAUUUAUUGAAAUACCGGAAAUACAUAUAGCCUUCGGAAAUACCAAUCGGACUCCCAAGGACCUGCAAACGUCAGUCAUGUUCCUCACACGCUCUGAAUAUGACCGCGGCGUCAACACCUUCUCUCCCGAGGGACGUCUCUUUCAGGUCGAGUACGCCAUCGAAGCCAUCAAGCUGGGCUCCACGGCCAUCGGCAUCCAGACGUCAGAGGGUGUGGUGCUGGCCGUCGAGAAACGCGUCACCUCUCCUCUCAUGGAGCCCACAACACUAGAGAAGAUCGUCGAAAUCGACAAACACAUCGGCUGCGCCGUCUCCGGUCUGAUCGCCGACUCCCGGACCAUGAUUGACCGGGCCCGUGUGGAGGCGCAGAACCACUGGUUCCUCUACAACGAGCGCAUGAAGGUCGAGUCGGUGGCGCUGGCCGUCUCCAACCUGGCCAUCCAGUUCGGCGACGCUGACGCGGAAACUGCCAUGUCGCGACCGUUCGGCGUGGCGAUGCUGUUUGGCGGUAUCGACGAGAAUGGCGCUCAGCUAUACCACAUGGACCCGUCGGGCACAUUUGUGCGGUACAGCGCAAAGGCCAUCGGCUCGGGCAGCGAGGGAGCACAGCAGAGUCUCGAGGAGACGUACCACAAGUCGAUCACGCUGAAGGAGGCGCUGAAGUCGGCGCUGACCAUCCUGAAGCAGGUGAUGGAGGAGAAGUUGAACGCCUCCAACGUCGAACUGGCCACCAUCACACCCGAGAACAAUUUCCAGAUGUACUCGAAAGAGCAGCUCGAGACGCUCAUCGCCAACAUCUGAGCUGUGUCCGACCGUCACGUGACCAUCUGAGGUGUUUUGGGGGACUGUGAAGACUCGCACUGUCUGACAUUGACCCGGAGUCCCGGACCUAUAUUGGGUCUGACUUGGGAGGUGUGCUCCCAGCGCCACGCACGUGUCUUGCGUUGGAGUUCCGUUGACGCCGCUAAUACAUUGUCCUGUCAUAAG